CAAUUCGUUAUCCAUGAUUGGAUUUAUGAGUACGAAUGGGGGUCUUCCAUAAACGAUGGGAUGUCCAUAGAAACGAAUCAACUAUUCACUAUUAACGAUUCGUUAAUAAUGAUACGUUUCGAGAAACGGCUUUCUGCCCCCUCUAAAAGCAUUAAUUCAUUCAAUAUGAAAAAGGUCUGUUCAUCCAACUAUAUUAACUUAAUUUUCAAAAUUAAAAGCUUUAUUUAAUGAUAAUUAAAAAACACAUCUUCUUGUUUGUUUCAGAUAUAAACAUGGCGUUCCGCAAGAACUGGAAUCGACAAAAACCUAAACAUAUAAAGUUUGACACAAGUAUUCCCUCAGAGAGAAUAUCUGAGAGUUACUCUGGACCUUAUCCAAAGAAGGACCUUGCAGCAGCAAGAGGCGUACUCAUACAUGAUUUGCGUAUACAAGGCAGUGCUGCGAUGGAAGCUGCAAAAUAUAAAGCUGGUGCACCAUCAACUUAUAAUAAUGGAAAUUGGGACAAGGGGGAUGGAGUGGAUUAUAGUGAACAUUUUCAUCAUGGUAUACCUGGCACAAACAGUCAAAAUAUCUCUAUUAUUUCAAAUACCAAAGCUGAAGGACCAGAAAAAAGUGAUAGUCGCAAAAGAAAAGUCAUAACACCCGAGGCUCUGAAUAAAAAUCCUAAAAGGUCCAAAGACUUAGAAGAUGGUGAGCUCAAAGAAGACGAUGAUGCUGAUGAAGAGAGUGAUGAAACAUUCGAAGAAAAUGACACUGAACAUGUCACUCUAAAUGGACCAACACAUAAAAUUUGUGAUGUAUAUAAAUGCGACUUUUGUGACCACAUGACAAGACACUACAAAGAAAUGGACCAGCAUUUAAAGACAAAGCUACACUUUUCUGCAAGCCAAUACAAGGCUCGCAAAGGGGAAGGUAAAACUAAGGAAAAUUGGAUACUUCUCAACGUGCGUAAUAAACUCGCAAUAAAAAACACAACAUCAAACUGUGAAUCGUUGGUCGUUGUUUGCCCAGAGUGCUUUUAUGUUUAUAGUGACAUAUUUGUAUGUGGCCAACACUACACAGAUGUACAUGGUGGCGUCCAGGGAUAUUACAGCAUAUGCCCACUGAAGCAGAAACAGACAUGCCUCAUUAAAGCCGAUAGAACUUCACCAAUAUGUACUAAAUGUGAGCAAGAAUUCCCAAAACUGAAGAUACUAAAAAAUCAUUACAAAAAGUUCCCUGAUCAUCUACCUUACAAAGAAUCAAAAGAUUCAAUCUUCAUCUUUGAGUGUCCGUAUUGCAAGAAAAAGUUUAUCAACGAUUUUUUCAAUGCAAGGAGCCAUCUCUUGGAUCAACAUGUACACACAAAUGGUAAGAAGAAAACGCUUGGGUUGACAGUGAAAACAGUUGCAAAGAUCACCAAAGCACAAUCACUACCCAAUCAAGAAAACCCCAGUCUGUUGGAAGAGAUUCAGGAUCAGCUGAGCACAUACUGUCGCCUGUAUAAACAGAUACCUUCAAAAUAUAACAAAGCUCUCAGGAGGAAUAUGCGCCAUACAAAAAAUGAGCUGAAGCGAGCAUAUACCCUCGUUGCAAGUGGAAAAACUCAUGUAUCCAGUGAUUUUAGUAAAGUCAAGGAGAUACUGAAGGAAAAAAUUGACCCUCAGGAAUUUAUGCAAAAACAUAAUGUUAGCUUUGGCUAAUUUAAUGUGUACAAAAUGGAAUGUUUGUUAAGACAGAGAGAAGCAGAAUUUAACAGCUUUGCGGAAGGAAAAAUUGAUCCCCAGGAAUUUAUGCAAAAACAUAGCAUUAGUUUUAGAGUGUAUAAUAUGUGACUCUUGUUAAAGAUGAUUAAAUUUUAGGCAAGAAGCAGAUGCUUUGACAUUAAGGCUACUAGGCAAACUUGUUUGGUAAAAAUUCCAGUACUCCCAGGACAAAUCACUAUGUCAAAAUCCAAUCUCCUGUAAUUAUUGAAGCUUGAAAAAAUGUUCAAGUAGAAAUUAUCAAUUAAUUGCCUUUUUUACACAUCAGCAUGAAUAAAACAUAUUUUAGAGUUAUUUACUUACAGGAUGAUCCAGAAGUAACGUCGGCGUUUCAGUAUUAUUUGACUAAUCAUCUUGGAACGUGGUACAGAUGCUCUCCAAACAUUGCUGAGUUUUAAAACAGGCAAUUUUCACCAGUUGUUUUCACAAAAUCGCCUGUUGUUUUUUUAGCGACUUUUCCAUGUUAAAUUUAUGAUUUCCCCAAAUUUUGCCUAUUAUUUUCAUCUAUUUAGCCUAUUGUGAGAAAUUCUCGUGAAACUCCUGUAUAUGGUUACCUGAUGUGACGUCUUCGAGGCAAAUUUAAUUUUGCAAAAGAAAAAAAUCUCUAUAUAAUAAUUGAGCAAUUGAAUGUUCAUGGUUUUAAUAAAUAAAGUGUUUAAAACUAACAUUAAUGUUGUCUUAAUUAAAUUUUUCAUUCCAUUUUCUACUAAAACAAAUAACUCGCCCGUCACAUUAAGUAACCUAAAAAUCAAUCAAUAAAACAGGAGAAUCUUAAUAUUUCAGUAUACACUCAGUAAUGUUUGGGAAACAUCUGUUCCAAGUUUCACGAAAAAUUGGUCCAGUAGCAUUGAAAUGGCAACAUCUUUUACGUUACUUCUAGAUCACCCUGUAUAUAAGGAUGAGAUUACUGCUAUAGUGCUAUAUGAACCUUUUAGUUUUAUCGCUUUAUGCAUAUUGUACUAUUGUACCUGCAUGUGUGAGAUUUCAAAACUAUUGUAUUGACAAUAGUAAUGUUGAUAUAAAUUAGCCUUGCCCAAGUCGGUAUUUUUUUACUUAUCUGAUAUUGAAUUAAUCUAGAAAUCAAGAUAAGUAAAAGAGACCGACUUGGUCAACGCUGAUAUAAAUGUGCAUUGGGAAAUUUUGGAAAGAACAUGUUGGAACAUGUCAAUGUUUUGCUUAUGAUCCCCACUUUAUUAUUGAAAAGGAAUUGAGAUAUCAGAUCAGAUCAGAAAUGAGGACCAAGUGAUUAAACAGUUGAAGCGACGAUUAUGAUCGUCAUUUGUGACUGUUGUCAGGCUAUUCCGGGGUGCAGAUAGAACCUUUUGAAGAUUUUAGAUACAGAAAUGUCCAAUUUUAUAGGAUUUGGAAAAGGGGAUGUCCAAUUUUUAAUUCGGUUCAGGAUUCAUGUAAUUUAAAUAUAAUCUUGAAAUAAUGUCAGAACUCGGACUUUUUCCCAAAAACAUGACAUAGAAUGAUACUAUUCUAGUACUUAAAUACUGUUGUAGCUUGAAAAUAUACAAUUUUAAAAACAAGUCCUAUGUGUAUUUAUAUUAUUCAAAAACUAUAAUAAAUAUACUAAAGUAGUA